CGAGCGGGACAUGGUGCUGUCUGAGCUGGCAGCGCGCCUCAACUGCGCCGAGUACAAGAACUGGGUGAAGGCGGGCCACUGCCUGCUGCUGCUGCGCGGCUGUCUGCAGGGUUUCGUCGCCCGCGAGGUGGUCGCCUUCCACCGCGGCCUGCUCGCCGCCGCCCCCAACCUGGGCCCCCGCGCCACCUGCUGCAGCGGCUCUCGGUGCAGCCCGCGCGCUCGUCAGUUUCAGCCUCAGUGUCAGGUAUGCGCAGAGUGGAAACAGGAGAUUUUGAAACACCACACCAACAGGAAUGGAGACGUCCACUGGGGAAACUGCCGACCGGGCCGGUGGCCCGUCGACGCCUGGGAGGUGGCCAAGGCCUUCAUGCCCCGAGGACUGGCAGACAAAACAGGCCCUGAGGAAUGUGAUGCCGUUGCCCUUUUAAGCCUCAUCAACUCCUGUGAUCACUUCAUGAUUGAUCGAAAGAAAGUCACAGAGGUGAUUAGAUGUCGUAAUGAGAUCAUGCAUUCUUCAGAGAUGAAAGUAUCUUCUCUGUGGCUUCGAGAUUUUCAGAUGAAGAUCCAAAAUUUUCUGAAUGAAUUCAAGAAUAUUCCAGAGAUUGUGGCAGCCUACACCAGAAUAGAACAGCUGUUGACAUCUGACUGGGCUGUUCACAUCCCUGCAGAAGAUCAGCUAGAUGGAUGUGAAUAUGAAACAGGAGUUUACCUGAGUGAGAGCCAAGUAAAUGAAAUAGAAAUGGAAUUACUAAAGGAGAAACUUCAAGAGAUCUAUCUUCAAACACAAGAACAAGACGUGUUGCCUGAAGAGAUCUUAAAUCGACUGGAAGUAGUGAAAGAAUUUCUGAGAAACAAUGAGGAUCUUAGAAAUGGUCUUACCGAAGAUAUACAGAAGCUAGACAGCCUCCAUCUACAGCAUCAAAAACCAAGUUCAAAGGAACCUGGGGCACAGACACCUGAAGGGAAGGCCUGAGUGUACCAGAAAUGGGCCAACAGGACACAGCUGAAGUGAUUGUGUGUCACUUCCCAGAUUACGCUACAAAAGACCAUGGCUAUCUUGGGCUUUCUCUCUCUUGGAAUACGUGGAGGGAAGCCCUGUCAUGAGCAGCCCUGUGGCCCCCAUGCCAAGGAACUGAAUGAAACCUGCAAACAACUGCGUGAGUGAGCUUGGAAAUGGAUCCGCCAGCCCAAGGCAAGUCCAGAGACUGCAGCCCCAGCCGACAACUGAGAGAUCCUGAGCCGGAAACACGCAGCUAAGCCACUCCCAGAUUCCUGACCCUCAGAAAUCGUGAGGUAGUAUUUGUUGUUUUAAGCUAAGUUUUGGGUGAUUUGUUACUGAUACACAAUAGUUUUCCAGAGUUUGUUCUCCCCCUGAAUGCAGAGUGUGAAAUGCAGAAACUGCCUACAAAAAGGACUACUGCUUAGAUGCCACAGAAGAUAAAAGGGGGGUGGGGGCGCCUGGGUGCCUCAGUCAAUUGAGCAUCAGACUCUUUGAUCUCAGCUCAAGUCGUGAUC